CUCCAGCCUAUAAAGCAGGUCUGAUCGCAGGCAGCCUGGGCGGAUCACUGCAAGAGCAGCGUUGCAGCUUCUUCACGCCCAGCAUCACACUUCUGUCCUCGUAAGGCCCUGAGCACCAUGACACACAAGGAGUUCCAGACUGCAGGGAAGAAGCCCGGCCUGCAGGUGUGGCGGGUGGAGAAAAUGGAUUUGGUACCCGUCCCUCAUGAAUUACACGGAAGCUUCUUCACCGGAGACGCUUACAUCUUGCUUUAUACUACCGCGGCUCCCUCUUACAACGUUCACUCAUGGAUUGGCACUGAAGCUACUCAGGAUGAGAGUACUGCUGCUGUCAUUUUCCAAGUUCAGCUGGAUGACUUCUUGAAUGGAACUCCUGUACAGUACAACGAGUUUCAAAAUGAAGAGUCAUCCACCUUUAUGAAAUACUUCAAGACUGGCAUCAAAUACAAGAAAGGUGGAGUACGCUCAGGUUUUAAGCAUGUGGUCGAGGAAAACGUGAAGCGUGCCCUACACGUUAAAGGUCGUCGGCUAAUCAGAGGAACAGAGGUGUCUUUAGAGUGGGCGUCCUUCAACAAAGGAGACUGCUUCAUCAUUGACCUGGGAAAGGACAUCUUCCUUUGGAGCGGCAGUGAGAGCAAUCGUUACGAGCGUCUAAAAGCCAUUCAGAUGGCCAACGACAUCCGCGACAAUGAGCGAAAUGGCCGCGCUGACGUUGAGAUAGUUGACGAAGGUUGUGAGCCAGAAGCCAUCAUCAGUGUAAUGGGACCCAAGCCUGAGCUCCCAUCUGGAACCUGUGAUGUUUCUGCUGAAAAGAAGAAGAAGAACCAGGCAUCCCUUUAUAUGAUUUCCGAUGCUGCUGACUCCAUGAAGACGACUUUGGUGGCUGAAAAAAACCCGUUCAAACAGAACAUGCUGUCCCAGAGCGAAUGCUACAUCCUGGACAAUGGAGCGGAUAGAAAGGUUUUUGUCUGGAAAGGGAAGGAUGCAAAUGAAGCCGAGCGCAAAUCAGCAGUUGAUAUCGCAAAUACGUUCAUCAAAGACCACGGAUACUCCCCAAGAACUCAGAUCCAGGUAUUUCCAGCAGGGAGUGAGAGCACCCUAUUUAAGCAGUUCUUCUCCGGAUGGUUCGAAGGGGACAUCAAGGGCCCACAUAAGGUCUCUUCCAUUGGUAGCAUUGCCAGUGUGAAGCAGAUUCCCUUCGAUGCCUCCAAACUCCACGACAACAAGGAGAUGGCUGCCCAGCACGGCAUGGUGGAUGAUGGCUCUGGGAAAGUCCAGAUUUGGCGUGUGGAAGGAGGUGAUAAAGUACCUGUGGACGCAUCCACCCACGGACAGUUCUUUGGAGGUGACUGUUACCUGGUGCUGUACUCCUACAACGAAGGCAGACAGAGGCAUAUCAUCUAUAUCUGGCAAGGUCUGAAGUGCACUCAGGAUGAACUGGCUGCUUCAGCUUUUCUCGCUGUCAACCUGGAUGAUUCCAUGGGUGGAAUAGCUACGCAGGUUCGGGUCACUCAGGGCCAAGAACCCUCACAUUUUGCGAGCAUUUUUAAAGGAAACCUUAUCAUCCACCUGGGUGGGACGUCCCGUUGCGGCGGCGAGAGUGCACCCAGCAGCACACGCCUCUUCCACAUCCGCAAGAGCUCCACCAAAGCCACACGAGCCGUUGAGGUGGAGCCCAGUGCCUCCUCUCUGAACACCAACGACGUGUUUGUGCUGAAGUCAAGUGAUGCCCACUUUGAGUGGAAGGGAAAAGGAGCCACUGAGGAGGAGAUCGCUACAGCUAAGCACCUCACCAAGCUGAUUGGAGGAGCUGCCACUGAGGUGGAGGAGACAAAGGAGCCACCUGCUUUCUGGGCAGUACUGGGUGGAAAGAAGGAGUACCAGACCUCCAAGGCCCUGCAAAGCGCCAUCAGGCCUCCACGACUGUUUGGUUGUUCAAACAAAACUGGCAAUCUGAUAGCGGAGGAGGUGCCCGGUGACUUCACACAGAUCGAUCUGGCAACUGAUGACGUCAUGAUUCUGGAUACCUGGGAUCAGCUCUUCGUUUGGAUCGGAAAAGAUGCCAAUGAGACAGAGAAAACUGGAUCGUUCGACAUCGCCAAAGAGUACGUAAAUUCGGACCCGUCUGGCCGCCGCGGUAUCCCCAUCACCACCAUCAAGCAGGGGGAGGAGCCUUUCACCUUCACUGGCUGGUUCCAGGCUUGGGACCCCAAGAUGUGGGAGAAAGAUCUUCUGCAGUGCAUGCAACAACAAAUGAAAAAGUAGAGGAAAAAAAACUCUAGAAAGAAUCAGCAUCUGCAAACAUUUGGAAAGUUUCAGUGCUUUGUUGAACUUUAAAGAAUAAUCAGCAUGAAAGAUGUCGUGAGCUUAGCAAACUUUGAUGCAGGUGGAGGGCAGCUUAGGUGCACUGAACAUCCAACUUUGUAUCACGAUUGCUAGUUUGUAUGAUUUCAUUUGCUUGUGAGAAUUAACUGACAGCUGUUUACGAUCCACUUUAAAACCCCUGAGUUAAGUGUGGCCUUAGAAUUAUUUGGAAUAUGUUUCAUAGAUUUGGAAUUUUAAAAGUCACAAAUGCAUUUCUUCAUGUUUUUAUGCAAAAUGUCCCUUUUUACAGGCUUGGGUGAACAUUUUUGAGGAAGUUUUAAUAAAAAAGAAAAAAAGAAAUA